CCUCGAGACACCACCACCACCACUGGCUAGUCUACCCGUACCGGUAGGAUCAUUCUCCACAUCCUUCCACCAACUUCCUCUCUGGGCCUUGCCUAUCCGACCAACUCCACGGCCUCCCCAUCAAACGUACACGUUGCCUUUGUUUCUCUAGACAGAGCUGAUCGAUAUCCAGCCAGUACGGUAUCAGCCCUCUCAUUGUUUUCUUUGUGUGAGACAGGCUGCAGCAACAACUUCCAAGUAUGAUUGUCUAUCUGAACGGCGAAUUUCUACCUCAAGAAGAAGCCAAGGUCUCUCCCACAGACCGAGGCUUUUUGUUUGGAGAUGGCAUCUACGAAGCCAUUCCGUAUUACAAAGGCAAGCCGUUUGCCUUUGAUGGGCACUGGAAGCGAUUGCAAGACGGGCUUGGGUUUCUGAGGAUUGACUUUGCGGAUCACGACGAGGAGAAAAUGAAAAAGGUAUUUGACGAACUGCUUAAUCGAAAUAAUGGUUUGCAGCAAAUGACACGCGCCAUGAUUUAUCUGCAAAUUACACGAGGAGCUCCGCCGACACGAAGCCACGUUUUCCCAGUGUCCAAUGGGACCGUCGUCAAGCCGACCGUCUUUGCAACCUGCCAAGAAAUUGCGUAUCCGUCUCCCGAACGUUGGACGGCGGGGUUUUCGGCCGCAUUGGUUCCCGAUCAACGAUGGGGGCGGGUUGAUAUCAAGACGGUCAAUCUGUUGGCCAAUGUCUUGGCCGCGCAAGAAGCCAAGGACAAGGGGGCCGAUGAAGCCAUUUUUGUCACCGAAGACGACGCUCAUCUCAUCACGGAGGGUUCCAAAGCCAACGUGUUUGGCAUUCUGAAGGAUGAUGCCAAUGGAGGCUCCAAGAUUGUGACCCAUCCACUGUCGCGUCAAAUCUUGCCCGGAAUUACUCGCAACAUGGUGGUACAGGUAGCUCGAAAUGCUGGGCUGAUUGUGGAAGAGAGAGCCAUGACAAGGGCAGAACUGACAGAGGAGGCACAGGAAGUGUUUAUCACGUCCACUACAACUGAGAUCAAACCCAUUGUCAAGAUUGACGGCAAGGUUGUGGGCGAUGGCAAGGCUGGACCCAUGUCAACAAAAUUGGUAGCCCUUUUGAGGUCUCAGAUUGAAGUGGAAACUGGGGUCAAAUUGGAUUAGAAACGGCUUGGAGGCACCAAGCAAGAUAGAUUGAACAUUUAUUCGAGCUCAAUUUCCUAGCGAGCACGGUACCGACUACCCAGAGAGAGACGAAUAGACUAGAGGAUAAAAAAGGUUUCGAAAUGGACUGUAGCCAACCACGGAUAAGAGACAAGCCUUGCUGGCAACAACACAGGCAAUGAAACAACUUGUCGUAGAGCCCCCUGACCAAACGCCCAGAUGAUGAGAUCUAUCUUAGAAACAUUUUUCUGUCAAAAGUAGCCAUUCCAUUUUCUCGUUUCCCGCCCCUUGUUUUGUAGUUUCUCUGAGGAUGACCC